AUGGCCGUCCCAUCCGCCGAUAGAUCGGCACCAGGCGGUAGCAUGGAGCACGUCGAGGGCUCCACCGCCGUCACGCCACAUUCAUCGGCCGUGGAUCAUGCGCCGUCGCGUCGGCGAGCGCGAGUGCUUCAGACCCAUUAUCCACCCAAGGAGCUCGAAACUCCUGGCGAUCCAUCCUCUUCCAGCUUCACACCAACAGGCCUGGCCGUCAGAGCACCCAUCGUCAUCCGUCCUUCGGGUCGGCCCGGCUUUAACGCUCCCAAGGCCGCCACCUUUUUUCUUGGCAAGGAUCACGAACGAUGGAGGAGCUACGAUCGCGAGCGCUUCUCCGGCCUUUUUAGCUGGGAGCGCGUCGCAAGUGCCAUCAGCACUCGAAGCCGCCAUGGCAGUCGAGGAGCCAUCUCAUCCUACUCGUCAGGGUCUGAAGAUGACAACAGCGACAGCGGCACCUCGUUCCGCUCCAGUCGAUCCAGGCACAGCGGCGGGUCUCGGAGUCGUCGACCUUCGGAGGCUGCUACGCCUCCUAUGACCCCCUUUGACCCGUCAAAUCCAGGUUCCAGACCCAGACGUUUCUCCAGCAACGGUCCCGAAGCUGCUUUCUUGCGACACGAGACGGUCAUCGGCAUCCACACGCCAAGACGCAGGUCAUCAGCGGCUUCGGACUCGUUACCAUUUCUCCGACCACUCGCCCAGAUCAAUGCUUCCAGCGGCAAGGCCAGCAGCGUCGAUGUGCCUGCGCCCGGUUCAGAGAGCACCGACACAGCAAUCGAAGCUCAGAAGAAGAAGCAAAAGAAGGUCAAGCAUGCCACCGACGAUCGCAUCUCCAAAAAGAAGGAUAAGAAGCCCUCCAAGUCGCAUACAAGCAAGACAAAGACAAAGACACAAGACAGUCCGAGACCCAACAAGCCAGGCCCGCAUGGCAGGCUCGAUCUUGACGAUGCCGCCCGUCCUUCUCUGCGUCGACUCCGGUCCAAUCUGGAGGAAGCUGCCGCCGCCGCGGCUGCGUCCACUGAACCGAGCCCAGUGAUUGACGAAGGCGAAGAAGCGCUCGACGACGCCGUUGGUCUGCAGGCCUCGCUGUCGGAUGCUGCUCUCGAAGGCAAAGGCCCUCUGAGUGCCCAAGACCUGCAAUUCCUGUUGCCACCCGAUCGAAUACCCUCACCACGCUCGCCGCUAGUCCGAGUCGGAUCACCGCGCGCACCUCCGCUCAGACUCGCCAAGCGUCUUCUACCGCAAAACGUCGAGGGCACCUUGUACGACAAGACGGGCCCCUACCGCGAAGGUGCGGUCACCGACGGUCUCAGCGUGCGCCUCUUCAGCGCUGAGACUGAUCCACGCACGAGCUCGUUCGAGGAUGCCGAUCUUUCGAAUUCGGAGCAUCCCGUCACCAAGCCGUGGGGUCGACGAGGUUCGAGCAGCAGCUACGACGGAACGGACGACGAUGCUGUGUUCGUCAAGACUGCGCGUCGACGCUCGAACAGUUCCGGUGGGGACCCUCGACGUCGGUCACCCAGUCCGACCUUCAACGGCGGCCCCGACGCACCAUCGGAUUCGGCGGUGGACGACAGCAGUCAGAUCUACCUCAUCACCACUCCCGAUAACCGCGUCUCGUCGGCGGCCAAGCUGCGCAGAUGGGCCAUGGACAGCAACGGCGCCUUCUACGCCGCCAUGGAGAUCAAGUCGAUCGAAGCCAAGUUACGUGCUGCAGACCCUUCUGCGGGUCGCGUAACUCGGGAACUCGCCAAGGAGCUCGAAGAGACCUACCUCGACGAUAUCCUGGAUGAAGUGCAGAAGGCGCAGACGCUCAAUCCCGCCCGCGCCGGGAUUGUGUCCAAGAUCCUCAAGACCGAAGAUGGGCGAUAUGUGAGGUUGGAAGAGGACUAUCCGGAGGAGGCGUUUUUUGUGAUCGCGGGGUGCGAGGAGGCCGAAUUGACAGGGGUGAUUCUGAAUGUGUUCAAUCAGGCCAUUCGGACGUUGGCGAGGUUCCACGCGUCGGGUUGGAUGCAUGGCGAUAUCAAGCUCGAGAACCUCAUGUUUGACGAGCGCGGGGAGCUGGUGGUGAUCGAUUACGAGAAUGCCAAUCCGUACCGAGGGAUUCCGGGAGGGGAUGGGCAGGUGCAGCUGGUGAGCUACGACUGGGUUCCGCCCGAAGCGUGCCCGGGGCCUAUGGGGAGACGCAUGGGUCCGUCGGGCGAUCUUUGGGCGCUGGGAUGCAACCUCAUCCGCGCUUUCGCGUUGAGAGACGGUGUAGAGGACGUGCUCAUUCGCGAAAGCCUGCUGGGCAAGGGGCAGAGGUCGUUCCUGGAGAAGAUGGCGAGGUUGGUUGUGCGGAAAAGGGACGCACACGUGCCGGCAGAUGAUUACUUCGCUCCCCAGUCGGUCAGUAAGAGCGAUCGCACGGCAUACGACAUCUUUGCGUACGCCGUCGAUCUGGAGCCCAUCCUCAACGACAACUUGGGCGAGGAGGAUGAGACGUCGAAACCAUCCCCGAUGUCUACCGCUGCGAGCGAGUGCAGUUCGACCGACGACAGCUCGUGCAGCGAUGCAGCCGCGUUCGUCACGCCCGAUAGCUCUACCGCGCCGUCCUCCGGUCGCGCCUCGCCCAAAACAGCAGACGGGAUGAAUCUGCCCUCGCCAACGCGCCUGCUGUAUCGAUUCGCGCGGUCGGCACCGGAACUGCUCACGUGGGUGCUCUCGAGAUGCGUCGUCGAGUCGACCCACCAGCGUUCCGUUGCCGAGGCAGAAGUCGAGGGUGUGGCGCUAGCAGAGUGGUUCGAGCAAGAGAGGGCGGAUAUGCUGGACAAGGGCAGGACAGCGGUGGAUGCAGCGAUCGAGAUGUCCGGCAGUGUGUGGGUCAAGCCCAGACUGGAUGAUGCGCGGAAGAGUAUGGGGUUGGAGUAG